AUGAUGCUAGUGAAGAGUGUUGAAAGUGCCUUGGACUACCAGAAGAACGAACAUUUCUUCUUGGAAGUAUUAGAGCCAAAUGCUCUUGGAACCUUAUGUCUUAAGAACCAGAACCUGACAAUCCGGAUGCAGGAUCCAGACCCAGCUCAAAGCGAGCAGGCUUUUCCACUGUGUCCACCACUUCCACUGGAAGCAGGCCACACCCUGGGUGAAAUCCCAUCAUGGGAGAUUAAUAAAAAGCAUGGGUCCCAAGAAAGUUUUUUGAAAAGAAUCAUCAUGAUAUGGAACAGAUCUGAGUUCAAGUUUAAUACAACUACAAAAGAUCAAUGGGCAUAUGCCCCACUACUAGUACAUGAUACACAUCAGCUGCCCUGUCCAAGCAACCCAGUGUCAUUUGGAACUGCCAAAAUUGGGCACCCUGCUUCCAAUUUCAAAGUUACAGCUGUUAUGCCUGAUGGUCAGUUCAAAGAUAUCAGCCUGACUGACUACAAAGGAAAAUGCAUAGUGUUCUCUUUUUACUCUCUUGACUUCACCUUCGUGUGCCCCACGGAGAUCAUUGCUCUCAGUGACAGGGCCGAAGAAUUUAAGAAACUCAACUGCCAAGUGAUUGGUGCUUCUGUGGAUUCUCACUUCUGCCAUCUGGCUUGGACCAACACAUCCAAGAAAGAAGGAGGCCUAGGGCCUAUGAACAUUCCUUUGGUAUCAGACCCCAAGCGCACCGUUGCUCAGGACUAUGGGGUCUUAAAGGUGGAUGAAGGCAUCUCGUUUAGGGGCUUCUUCAUCAUUGAUGAUAAAGGAAUCCUUAGGCAGAUCACUGUAAAUGACCUCCCUGUUGGCUGCUCUGUGGAUGAGACUCUAAGACUGGUUCAGGCCUUCCAUUUCAGGGAUAAACAUGGAGAAGUGUGUCCAGCUGGUUGGAAGCCUGGCAGUGAUGCUAUCAAGCCUGAUGUCCAGAAGAGCAGAGAGUAUUUCGCCAAGCGGAAGUAA